AUGUCUCGAACUGUCAAAAACAAGGACCUUCGCCAUCGAUCAUUCAAAGGAUGCUGGACUUGUAAGAAAAGACGGAUCCAAUGCGAUGAAGUGCGCCCGACCUGUCAAAAGUGCAGCUCCCGGGGUAUCACUUGUGAGGGAUACGAGAUUCGAUUGAGAUGGGGUGCCGGAAUCGCGUCGAGGGGGAAGUACUCGGGCGCAAAAGAGCCUGUGAAGGAUUCUAUGCCGCCACGAUCGAAACGAAGAUGGGAUAUGCGCGGCAAGGGGCAUCAUUUGACUCCAAGCGAUGGUCAGGGUGAGCCGAUUCUGGUUUCUGAGCAGCUGAACAAAGGGGAAGCAGUUCCAGAGCAACAAAUACCUCAGUUAGCUGUCGAGCGGGCAACUGUCAAUAUACUCAACUGGCCUUGUGAACCGGAUUCUUUAGAUCAGGCGGCGGCGAUCAACAAACAUUUUGAGAUACCUGCAUCACUUGCCACUUUGGCGCAAGCAAGCGCACAUAUCUAUGCUGAUCCGACUUUAGAUACGCUGGGUCAAUAUUCCCAAAACUCCGGCCGACGGAGCAUACCGGCCUGA